UCUAGGAGCCGACUUUGACUGCGCCAACUAGCAAGUGUUGUUUCUCAAAGAGAUCUGUCUUUCUAUUUUACUCAUUUUCUCUAAUCCCUGAUUCGAUUUCGCUCUCAAAAUAUCCAAGGGUAGUGAAAUGGCGGAAUCAAAACCAUUGAGAAAACCUGUUUUCACCAAGGUGGACCAACUUCGCCCUGGCACUAGUGGUCACACUCUUUCUGUCAAGGUUGUCAGCACAAAGAUGGUAUUGCAGAAGGGUCGUGCUGAUGGUCCUCAAGUUCGUCAAAUGCGAAUUGCUGAAUGCUUGGUAGGAGACGAGACAGGAAUGAUUAUCUUUACCGCUAGAAAUGAACAAGUGGACUUAAUGAAAGAGGGCGCUACUGUAAUUCUUCGCAAUGCGAAAAUUGACAUGUUUAAAGGAUCAAUGAGGCUUGCAGUGGACAAGUGGGGUCGUGUUGAGGUUACUGAACCUGCUAGUUUCACUGUGAAGGAAGAUAACAAUUUGUCACUGAUCGAGUAUGAACUUGUUAAUGUUGUUGAAGAGUGACCUUUCUAGACAGUGUUUGCUUUGUUUCUAUAUUGUGACCCAAGAAUAAAAUCAACUCCAGUAAACAUGUUACUCUGAUCUAUGUGACACCUCAUCUUCAAAAGGCUCAUGGAAGUUCACUUUUAGGAGGAAGAGCUCUAGAAGCUAGUCUAGAACUUGAAGUUCCUUCUUGCCUUUGCAGUAAAUCCAGCAGAACCUUUUGGUUGGAGACCUCAAAACAUAUGGUGAUGGCUAUGAAUUUUAGGGUUUAAAAAGCUAGCUUUUGGAACUUGCUUUCAUUUGUUUACUUAUUUCUCUUUUCUGGGAAGCAACUGUUAUUUGGCUUUUAGAUUAUACUUAAGAGGUUUAAUAUUAUAAAUGUAUGCCUACAUACGUCAUAUGACUCAUAUUGUCUCUUGCUUGUCUAAUCUUUCCAAGUUAUAUAUCUAAGUGAUUUGGCAAAA